AUGAGGCAGUAUAAGUAUUGCUAUGAAACAGCUCAAGAGUAUAGUGUAGGCAGUGUGUGUAGGGUUUAUCAGAAAGAAGGGAUUUUAGGGGAGGAGAUCCAAAUUUGCGACGAGAUUUCAUCAGAAGAACACGACCAGAACAGGUGUGUUGUGUCAAAUUCACCAACCCAGAAACUGAAUUUUCUUCAACACUACCCACUAUCUUCAUCAUCAUCAUCAGCUAUUAACCCAAUAUCUAGCACUUCAAAUCAACACUCAUUCAAAGUCGAAUACCUCAUAAAAUCAUGUGGGCUUCGUCCACAAGACGCUCUCUCGACCUCCAAGUACAUCAACAUCAAAACCCCAGACAAACCAGACUCUGUUCUCGCAUUCUUCAGAAACCAUGGAGUCACCGAAACCCAGAUCCCAGUUCUCGUCAAGAGACUCCCUCAGGCACUCAUGUUCGAUCCCCAAAAAAAACUUUUGCCCAAAAUCGAAUUUUUCCAAUCUAAAGGUUUUUCAACCGAAGACAUUGCCAAAAUACUGACUGCAACCCCACGUGUUUUUGGAGGAAGUUUGAAAAACCAAAUCAUCCCAUCUUACAAUUUCUUCAAGGAAUUGCUCAAGUCCGAAGAGAAAACGAAUGCCGUUAUUAAACGCUUUGCUUCGAUUUUGGUGUCUGCCGCUAUAGCACCCAAUAUUGAAGCUCUGAGAGAAAUAGGUGUUCCCGAAUCGAAUAUUGUGGCUCUCUUGACAAAUCAACCUUCUGCUUUCACGCCUAAUGCUGAUAGGUUUAAGGAGAUUCUGGAGGAAGUAAAGAAAUUGGGGUUUAACCCUGAAAGAAUGAUGUUUGCUGUUGCAAUUUAUGUACUGAGGGCAAUGAGUAAAUCAAAUUGGGAAAAGAAGGUGAAUGUUUAUAAGAAGUGGGGUUUGUCUGAGGAUGAUAUUUAUGUGGCUUUUGGGAAGCAGCCACGGUGUAUGUUGGUAUCAGAGGAUAAGAUUAUGGGGAUAAUGGAUUUUUUUGUCAAUAAAAUGGGUUGGGAGUCUUCGAUUGUUGUGAGGAGGCCAGUGAUUGUUACCCUCAGCUUGGAGAGGAGGAUCAUUCCAAGGUGUUUGGUUUAUCAAAUUUUGUUGUCAAAAGGCUUGAUUAAGAAGGAUUUUAGCUUGACUUCGUUGUUGGAUUCUACUGAAAGUUACUUCCUAAAGAAGUUCUUGAAAAAAUAUGAGGAAGAAUCUCCUGAGCUUUUGAAGUUAUAUCAGGACAAGUUGAAUCUUUCAAAGUAA